UCCACUUUUGCUGUUGUCAUCCCACAACAUCCCUCCUUCUUUUACCCAACAUACAUUCAGCGAUACCCAGUGUGGCCUGAUCCCGGCCACCAGCUCCGCCAUGGACCCCUUCACCACCUUUGAAGGCGCGUCACAGUAUGGCGUCGAUCAGGACGACACCACGUCGAUAUACUCGGCUACGCCCAGCAACCUCACCGAGCAGGUGCUGGUGCCGCCCGCACGCGCCAGCCAUGAUCGCGCGACCGACGUCAUGUCGCUCAGCUCGCUGCACCACAGCAGCGCCAUGAUGGACUACUAUGAGGGGGACGAGUUCCGCGAGGAGCAGCCGUUCGGCUACGGCAUCGAGCAUGCCUGCAGCUACUGCGGUAUUCACAACCCCAAAUGUGUCGCGAAGUGUCUCCAGUGCAACAAGUGGUUUUGCAACUCGCGCGGCAACACUUCGGCGUCACAUAUCGUCAAUCACCUAGUCAAGGCUAAGCACAAGGAAGUCAUCCUCCAUAAGGACGGCGAGCUCAGCGAGACCACUCCAGAAUGUUACAACUGUGGGAGUAAGAAUGUCUUCCUUCUCGGAUACAUCGCUGCCAAGAGCGACACCGUUGUUGUCCUUCUUUGUCGGUGAGUAGCUGGCUUGCUCCGCGCUCCAUCCUAACAUCCAGUCAACCGUGCGCGUCACUCACCAACUCACGCGACAUCAACUGGGACACUUCCCA